CCUCCUUUCUUUCACUCCAUCCCACUCUCUCAACUCCUCCUUCUCCCUCACUACCGCUAUUUCCAACAGCUGAUUUCCAGACCAGAGAGAGGGGAACACGGCGAGACAGUUGAGAUUUGAGAUCAGCAGCAGCAGAAGGAUUUAAAGCGAGUAGAAAUGCAGGGCGAGCGCUGCGAUCCGCAACAUCCGUCAUGAAGAUUUGAGCUCCGCCGCCGCUGCCAUCAGCUCCGAGAGAAUGGCGUUCCAUGGAUCCACUCGGCCGACAGUGUGUGGUAACUUGUUCCCUGGAUCAGAGUUAGGCCACAAGUAUUUUUGUGUCAACGCCACGACAGGCACUACCUCAACAGGCCUCAGUGCAACACCAAAUCCCACUGGACCCAACGCACCAGCUGGGACUCCCAGACACCCGGCAUCUCUCGGGGGCAGCGCUGGCGGAGGGGCAGCCAUCCCGCAACCUCACAGUAACCCAGCAAGUGAGGUUCCAAGUCCUGCUGAAAUGGAGCCUGAUCGACCUAUCGGUUAUGGUGCAUUUGGGGUGGUCUGGUCUGUGACGGACCCUCGGGAUGGGCGUAAGGUGGCUCUGAAGAAAAUGCCAAAUGUCUUCCAGAACCUGGUCUCCUGCAAACGUGUGUUCAGGGAACUCCGGAUGCUGUGUUUCUUUAAACAUGACAACGUGCUGUCUGCCCUUGACAUUCUCCAACCUCCACAAAUCGACUGCUUUGAGGAGAUAUACGUGAUCACUGAGCUCAUGCAGAGUGACCUACAUAAAGUCAUCGUUUCCCCUCAGCCUCUCACCACCGAUCACAUCAAGGUGUUCCUCUACCAGAUACUCAGGGGGCUGAAGUACCUGCACUCUGCGGGCAUUCUGCACAGAGACAUCAAACCAGGGAACUUGCUGGUCAACAGCAACUGUCUGCUUAAGAUUUGUGACUUUGGCCUGGCACGAGUGGAGGAGCCAGAUCCUUCUCGUCACAUGACCCAGGAGGUGGUGACGCAGUAUUACCGUGCUCCAGAGGUUCUGAUGGGAUGCCAGCAUUACACUUCAGCUAUAGAUGUCUGGUCUGUAGGGUGCAUCUUCGCUGAAUUGCUGGGCCGGCGUAUUCUUUUCCAGGCUCAGAGCCCCAUACAACAGUUGGAUCUGAUCACUGAUCUUCUCGGGACUCCUCCUCUUUCUGCCAUGGCAUCUGCGUGUGAAGGAGCUCGAGCGCACAUUCUUAGAGGACCCCACAAACCACCAUCAUUGUCUGUUCUGUACAUGUUGUCGGAUGGGGCAACACAUGAAGCUGUUCAUCUUUUGUGCCGCAUGCUAGUUUUUGAUCCAGCCAAGCGCAUCACGGGCAGUGAUGCUCUGUCUCAUCCGUAUUUAGAUGAGGGUCGUCUGAGGUACCACACAUGCAUGUGUAAGUGCUGUUACUCAGUGCCCAGCGGGAGGGUGUACACCCGAGACUUUGAGCCGCCUGCAGAUCGACCUUUCAGCCACAACUAUGAGCAGAGCAUGCACUCUGUUUGGCAGGGCAAAGAGCUCAUCCAUCGUUUUAUAACAGAGCACCAGCAAGGCAAACGAGUGCCUUUGUGCAUCAAUCCCCAGAGUGCAGCCUUCAAAACCUUCAUUAGAUCCACAGCCUGGCAUUCGUCAAAAGUAUCAAGGAAAGAAGAGAGAUGAGGGAUGAGGUGUAUACUGGGACAUAUGGAUCAUAGAAGCAAGCUUGCAUUGGAGAUGACUGAAGGAUCACAUGCUUUUGAACGCAUUUCCAGCACUCUUACCAAGUCAACAUGGGGAUUUCUCAGAAAAACAUUUUUCCAGUUCCACUUUCACAACACUGAUGAAUAAUGCUUCUGAUGCUGCUGAGAACAGUUUUAUACUGACUAUGUGCUCGAAGAUUAUGGCAAAUGGAGUUUUCCACAAAAAAAAAGAAAAGAAAA